AUGGAGAUUUGUAGAGAAUUUGUGAAAAAAAUCAACGUGUGCAAAGUUCAUGCAGAGGAAGUCCUGCCUUUAGAGCAACUUUGCAAGGAGGUGAUGCAGAGGGAAGAGAAGAUGAUGACCGAGGGGGGGCUAUCUGAAGAAGACCAAACCCAACUGCACCAAGACCUGGACAAACUCUGGACCCAGAUCCGAGAUGAGGUCCAGAAAACCUUUAGUCCGGACUUUGACGGAGCGGGUCUGCGAGCGGCAGUGCUCUGUAUUCUUCAGCAGGAGGAGAUGGACCGGCGCUGGACCGGACAGAGCAUAGGUCAGAGCUCUGGUCUGGGCUCUAGUCUGGGUUCUGGUUUGGACUCUGGUCUAGAUUCUGGUCUAGUCCCAGGUCCAGUCCCGGUGUGGCGCCCGAAUGGGACUCUGCUGGACCACGAUGAGCUGCUGUGGGGCAUGGUCCAGGAACGGCUCUCACAUCGCCCUCUACAGAAUGGAGCAGGAGACCAGUCUAAAGUUGAAAGUGCAUCUACUGAAUCUGAGGAGGCUUUAAACCAGGACACUGCAGAUGUCACUGAGGAGGUCGGUCGUCUGGCUGCUCAGAUGAGACAGGACUUGUUGUACAUCCAGAAGACGGUGUCUCCUUGUUACCCAGACAACAUGGACAUUUUAAACAAGUACCUGCUCCUGUACCACCACUGCUUCUCUUCGCACCUCCAGCAGCUCGCUAAUGCCAGUCUGAACAGCAGUUCCCGCUACUGUCUGCUCAUUUGGGCUAAUCACAGAUACCCCAGAGACAUGAUAGACCCAGAGCUGGAGGGUAAGGUGGACCCUGGAUCUCUGGGUCCUCUGCUGCCCUCAGACCUGCUGCUGAAGCUACAGGAGCAGUACCUGAACGACACACAGGGCACUACACAGGAGUGGCUGCAGAAGGUGCUGAAGAUAGAGACGGAGUCAUGGGUGAACCAGUCCAAUGUGAAGCCGGACAGUCCUCACUGUUACAGCUUUCUGGCAGCAGAUGUGAUACAGUCAAGUCGACGUAAAAGAGCAUUCGCUCCAAGAGCAGUGCUUGGGCCGGUGCAAACAGUGGCAUUCUGGACUGGAGUAAACAGCCAGUCUGAGAGUGCUUCAAACAGUGGUCAGAGCGGCUCCACUCUCACUCUGGAGCAGCUCUACUUGCACUCUGGAGCAGAACAAAUAUUAGACUCCUCCCUGCUGAAGGUGAGUUGUGUUGGGCCAGAGCAGAGGCAGAUGGUCACUGCUCACCUGGACGACUUCCUCUACAGAUAUGUUCAAGCAGUGGAGGAGUUUGUCACAGGAAAUCACAGCACCACCGCAUCAGUGUUAAAAGCUCAGCUCACGUGUGAGGAACAGUUCAGGGAGUUUGUGUUGAAACAGGAACUGGACGAGCAAAGGAGGCAGAGCUGCUUGAAGUCACUCAAUGCACUGAGGGAUUGUGGGUACUGUAGUCUCACUAGUGGAAUCCGCAGCAAACUCAAGGAGCAGAUCUCUGGGCUGUGGACUGCCCAGUGGCUGGACGGCUCUCUUCCUCUGGUAGACUCUCUGUUGGACUUUCUAGAUCAGAAACUGGAACUCCUGACAGAUCUCAAACCCAGCUGUACUCAGUGGGUGCUGGGGCGCCUCCAUCGGGAUGUGGCGCUGCGUUACUUUAAAAACCUUCUGAAGACAAAGAGGCGGAACCAGAAGGAACAGGUGGGCGGGGCCAACAGAAUGAAGGACGAUGUCACCAAAAUGGACGCCUUCUUCACUCAACAGGGCAGUGGCUCUCAGUGGGUCUCUCAGCUCCUCCUUCAAGUGGCUGAGGUCCUCAGGCUUCAGGACCCAGACUCAGUCCAACUGGAGCUGCUGUCUCUGAUCCAGCUCUGCCCCGACCUCAGCUCCGAUCACAUCUCUCACCUGCUCCUGGUAAAAUCUGGUCUCUCUGUGCACUCAAUUCGUUCCAUUAAACGCAGUGUUAAAGAAAACCGCCCCCUGGAGCUCUCAGCCAAUCAGAGUUGUCAAUUCUUCUCCCAUCUCAAAGUCAAAUGGAUCCAAAAAAAAAAGAGACAACUCGAACUCUCUAAAUGUGCACAAUUUUAA